AUGCCGCUAGGCCAAACGAUCGCCGUGAUUGAUAAAUCCGGAAAAGUCGUCAGCACUAGUAAGCAGCUUUUUGGUGUCUUCAGCCAGGCGAAACAAGCUUAUCGCGAGCGCAAGUCCCACUUUGAUUCGGAGCGCAGUGCCAAGGUCGCGGAGCAGCAGGCUCUCCAGGGCCUCGCCAACUACCAGAUCGAUGAUGCGCCAUCAGAACGAUCAGGACGCAGUCGCGGAACAAGGUCUCGCCAUCAUUCAACACGACAUCGUUCUCGAGCUCCUUCACACUAUGAGCAAGACCUACACUCGGUAGCGCCCAGCCGAGCGGGGUCUCGAUAUGCUCCGUCACAGGCUAUCGCCCGCCGGCAUACCCACCACGAUGUCACAGUUCGAGAACCCAUUCGCCCGGAUACCGCUCGGUCCAAGUCAGAUGCCAAUAUAGAUAUGGAUCUUGCCUAUGGAGAGGCCCACCCAGAUGCCCUCUCAAAAUAUGAUCCGGUGCCUGUUGGGGAUGAGAAGCAGCAGCUGAAUGGACUGGUCGACCGUGCCCAGUGGCUCCUCGAAGAAGCGCACUGUGUGCAACACAGCGCCACCGCAACCAUCUCUCACCUUCAAAAAAACCCUGAUGCUAUGGCCGCAGUCGCCCUCACUCUUGCCGAAAUCAGCAACCUUGCUAGCAAAAUGGGCCCGGCUGCACUCUCUGCUUUCAAAGCCGGCGCACCAUCCGUAUUUGCAUUACUUGCCAGCCCCCAAUUCCUCAUCGCCGCCGGUGUCGGUCUCGGCGUCACCGUUGUCAUGUUCGGUGGAUACAAGAUUAUCAAACAGAUCAAAGGCGGUGCCACAACACCAACUACAACUACAACAGCCGAGAAACAAGAAUCUACUGGAAUGGAUGAGAUGAUGGAGUUUGACGUGGAACACCUCAGCGGCGUCGAAAUGUGGCGCAGAGGUGUCGCCGAUAUGGAAGCCAUGAGUCUGGGCACAUCGGUGGACGGCGAAUUCAUUACCCCCACUGCAGCCGCCAUGUCUGGAAUCGAUGUCACAACCGCCCGUGCGCAGCGCGAUCCCCGAUUCAAAUUCGAGGACGACGGUUCUGUCGCAUCAUCGCGUCGAUCCCAUCGUUCCCACCGUUCCCAUCGCUCUCGAACUUCGCGGGCACACUCCGAAGCACCCACCAGUCGCUCAAAGAGGGAACCCGAUACUAGAUCCAGAGCACCAACCUCUUUCUUCUCCAAGUCUACAAAGGCCCCUCCUCCAAAGCCUUCCAGCAGGGCACCCAGCCGAGCUCCAAGCCGAGCACCGAGUCAAGUCCCUUCCAAGGCCCCUUCAAAAGCUCCCUCCAAAGCCCCCUCGAAAUCCUCACCAUAUGUGUCCGAGAGAGAAAAACCACCGAAAGACGCAAAGAAGAAGAAGGGCCCGAGUCGCUUGCGUCUCAUGUUUACCGCUUAA